AGCGAUGAUCUGGCUGCAUGGAUGCGCGAAUCGCUUGGAGGGGUGGGUGGUGAGCUAGACGAAGAAUGGGCCCCUCCUACAGCAGAACCGCCGAUUUGUAAGCGAUCUCCUCGUGCAGAAGGUGAUACAUCUGUGAUGCAGAGAGCUAUGUGCCCAUGGGAAUCAAGGGUGGACUUUGACGAAGCACGCGAGCCGAAGAUCGUUUCUGAAGCGGUAUGUCUGUGUCGUCGAAGUCGCGGAGCCAGUGGGGCAUUUUGUCUCCCAAUCAAAAGAGAGGUGCCAGUGUUACGUAGGGUAUCCUGUAAUACUGACACCGGCUACUGGAUCUACGAACGCAGCUCGCAGUCGAUCACGGUAGGAUGUCAUUCGGUCCUACCACGAACCCAACGAGCAACAGCGUUGACACACCACUACCGGAAGAAGGGCAAAGAACCGACAUGA